UUGACAUACGGCAAGUGAACAUUGACGUGGAGUUUUUUUACGCGAUAGGAAUAUUCAAAGUCUUUUAUUAACAAUAUUACUCUUUUUGAAAGGAAAAAAAUAGAGAUCAUGUCAGGUCUUUAUCCGAGUCUCCAAGAAAAAUUCAAAAGUGAAAGCGUCUGUCCAAUUUGCAUGAUGGAGAUGAAUGCUUCAUCGAAAUACUCAUGUAUGAAUGGACAUAUCAUUUGUCAUCGCUGUAAGCCUUAUUACUUCUCUUGCCCAACAUGUCGAUCAUCACUAAAUGUAGAAGCUCCAUCUCAAGAAUUUAACCACGAAUUUCAUAUGCCACCAGCGAUACACUACAUGCCACAUCCCUAUCCAGUAUAUCCACCCAACUCUAUGCCAUCCGCUCCAUUCAUUGAUAACGAACGUCUUCAAUGGCGACCGCCAAGUCCAACAGAAGACCAACAACUUCUUCCAUGUCAAUAUUCAUACCUCGGCUGCUAUGCUAAUAUACCCGAACACCUUAGAGAUUUACAUGAAUCUAGAUGCCAAUUUCGUCCUUAUCUUGAAGAAGAACAUCUUCCUACUGACCUAAACAAUGAGGAAGGGGCUUUGGAAAACUGUAAAUACAGUGUAGUUGGUUGCAACGUAAGAUUGCCUGAAUGGCGAAAACUUGUGCAUGAAAAUCUCUGCAUUUAUAAAGACCGUCUUGAAGGACUAGAUGACAUUCAACGUAAUUUUGAUUCGUUGAACUUUGAAGAUAGUGAUCCUGAAGAAAUGGUUGAAUGUCAGUUCUACAAAUAUGGUUGCAUGGUAAAAAUGCCAAGACGUAGAAAGCUUAUGCAUCAACAAAAAUGUAACUAUCGAAAGUAUCAAGAGAGUGAGGAUUUUUCUGAUAAUUAUCAACACAAUUCUGAGCCCGAAAUAGAUCCUGAUUCACAAGUCCCUUGCCGUUGGUCGAUUUAUGGAUGUCAAGUACAGCCGCGUUAUUAUAAAAAAAUGUCUCAUGAAGAGAAAUGUAAUUAUCGUAGAGAAACAUGUAGAUUUGCUGAAAAUGGUUGUUCAGAAAUGGUCGAACCAUUCAAAAAACAUCUUCACGAGUCUAAUUGUAGUUACGCAUAAAAAGUUUUAUUUAUAAUUAUGAUAAUGUAUUAACAAUUUAUUUAUAAAGAUGUAUCUUGAAUUUAGAAAUAAAAAAUUACAUCGA